AUGGAGAUGAGGCUUGUCGCCUGCGAGCGCAUGUCAGGGACACAAUGCUCGAAAAAGACUUCAUUGAGUUCGUGCUUCAUGGAGCAGCUUGUCUACAGUGGAGAUGAGGCUUGUCGCCUCUUGUCUGCAAUGGAGAUGAGGCUCGUCGCCUGCGAGUGCAUGUUAGGGACACAAUGCUCGAAAAAGACUCCAUUGAGUUUGUGCUUCGUGGAGCAGCUUGUCUGCAAUGGAGAUGAGGCUUGUCGCCUGCGAGCGUAUGUCAGGGACAUAAUGCUCGGAAAAGACUCCAUUGAGUUCGUGCUUCGUGGAGCAACUUGUCUGCAAUGGAGAUGA